AUGGAAUUAGAAAAAAAGAUAGUUGGAUCUUACAAGAAAAAACUUCCAAAGUGGAAAACUGCUGCAAGAACUAAUCCGAACUACAACAAUGAACCAAGAAAAGUUGAUGAGGAAACAGCUGUUGAUGACCUUGCUGUUGCUGGAAAAAAAAUUCUAGUCACCAACACUCCAAAACACUUCCCUUUCAAUACCCUACCUACCUUGGCUCAAAUCAAAACAAACAUGGAAGCUGAAGCUAAUAAGAAGAAAAAAGAUGCAUGGAAAGCAAAGAAAAAAGAUCAUACCUUUGAGAGUCCUGAUGAUGCCUCUCUUAACACCUCAUCCACACCUAUCAUAGAUACCAAGAGAAAGAAGAUCACCCCCAAUAAAGCUAAUGCUUCCCUCAACAAUAUGGAAAUGACAAGUGUUAAAAGAUUCAAAGAUCUGAAUGUUACUUCUCAGGAGCAACUGGCCAACAUUCCUAUUCCCAUGGCUAAUGACACUUUAGAAUACUCCUCUGCUGGAACAAUGCAUGAUAUUCUCAAGAAAACUAUGCAAGACUUAGGGGUCAACAACUUAUGGUAUGUUAAUCCAAGAGGGGCAAGUGGCACUGCUGGUGGCUUAGCAUUGUUAUGGAAAAGCAAUAUUUACAUAGAAAUGUUGGAUUAUUUUAUCAACCAUAUCAAUGCAAUAAUCAGAACUUCCAAUAGCCCCCCUUGGUUAUUUACAGGCUACUAUGGCAAUCCUUAUGACACUAUAUCCAAGUUAAACUCUUGGAAAAUGCUUGAUCAAUCUGCUGCUUCCAAUAACUUUCAUUUGCUGGUUAUUGGGGAUUUCAACUUUAUUCUCCAUGAUACUGAAAAAUUUAGUACUCACUCCAUAGAUGCUAAUGAAGCUUCCAUUUUAAAUGAAAAGAUCCUUAAUUUGGACCUCAUUGAUCUUGGUUUUACUGGUUUCCCCUUUACUUGGUCAAACAAAAGAAAAGGUCAUGCUCUUACUGAACAAAGAUUGGAUGGAGGUCUAGAAAAUGAUGAUUGGCUUGCCAUCUAUCCAAACACCACUAUCACUAAUAUGCUAGCCAUUGGAUCUGAUCAUCACCCCAACUUAUUGAAAUCAAACCCCCACUGGAAGAAUGGUAAGAUUCCAUUCAAAUUCUUUGGUACCUGGUUAGAUCAUGCUGAUUGCAGGAAAAUUAUUGCUGACUGUUGGAAAAAGAUCACUCCUGGUUCAAGUGCCUUCACUAUAGCCAUAAAACUUAAAGACAUAAAGCUACAAAUCAGAGUCUGGAACAAGGAAGUUUAUGGCAACAUCAAAACCAACAUUGAUGAAUGCAAGCAAUACUUAUAUUGGAUACAUACUCACUACUUCAGAGAAGAUAGAGGACAUGCCCUAGCUGAUGCAAGAAAACAGCUCAAAAAUUGGCAAGACAUAGAAGAAAAAUUCUGGAAAACUAAGAGCAGGGAUUAA